GUCUUCUCCUCUCUUCUCUUUUAACCCGACAGCAGAAUCAUGAAAGUCGCCAGUGGCAGCGCCGCGGCCGCCGCGGGCCCCAGUUGCGCGCUGAAGGCCGGUAAGGCGGCGGGCGGCGCGGGCGAGGUGGUGCGCUGUCUGUCCGAGCAGAGCGUGGCCAUCUCGCGCUGCGCCGGUGGCGCCGGGGCGCGCCUGCCCGCCCUGCUCGACGAGCAGCAAGUGAACGUUCUGCUCUACGACAUGAAUGGCUGCUACUCGCGCCUCAAGGAACUGGUGCCCACCCUGCCCCAGAACCGCAAGGUGAGCAAGGUGGAGAUCCUCCAGCACGUCAUCGACUACAUCAGGGACCUGCAGUUGGAGCUGAACUCGGAAUCCGAAGUGGGGACCCCCGGGGGCCGCGGGCUGCCCGCCCGGGCUCCGCUCAGCACCCUCAACGGCGAGAUCAGCGCCCUGGCGGCUGAGGCGGCAUGUGUUCCAGCGGACGAUCGCAUCUUGUGUCGCUGAAGCGCCGCGCUCGGGGACCAGCGGACCUCAGCUCUCCAAGGGGCAAGAGAAUAAGUGCUUUCCCGUUCCCCCGAGCGCCUCGCUGGAGCUGGGGGGUAACAAGACAGAUCGGCUCGGCAGCCAUCGGGCCCUUGCUGGAUCCGGCUCACGGCGGGGGACUGACAGGGGGAGGCCGACCUUCUCUCCACAUCUACCAGCCACCAGAGACUUUGGGGCGGGGGUUCCCCCCGUGUGUUUCUAUUUUUUGAAAAGCAGACAUUUUAAAAAAUGGUCACAUUUGGUGCUUCUCAGAUUUCUGAGGAAAUUGCUUUGUAUUGUAUAUUACAAUGAUCACCGACUGAGAAUAUUGUUUUACAAUAGUAAUGUGGGGGGUGUCUUUUUUGUUAUUAAACAAAUAUUUUAGAUGGUG